AUGUCAAAACGCACCCUAGACGCAUUCUUCAAACCAAAAACCACAACACCCCCCACAAAACGCCCUAAACCAACCCCAACCGCCGAUAAUUCACCCCCACACUCUACCGAAGACAUCACUGCCCCAGACACUCAUCCCAGCUACCCAAGUCCAAUCCCUCAACUACCCUCCCAUAUCUCAAUCGCUCUCACCCACGGGACCCCGGCAAAGGAACCCCGCGCUAUAAACAACCAACCAGACCUGGACCUCCUCUACUUCCAGCCAUACAUCACUCGACCCACCGCCAACGAGCUAUUCAAGUUCCUGCGGCGCGAACUCCCCUUUUACCGGGUGAAAUACACGAUCAAGCGUGGUGGUAUCGAGACGGAAAUAAACACUCCCCGAUAUACGACCGUCUUUGGGGUAGAUGAUACGUCGCAAUUCACAUCAUACCGCGAUAUCAAAAGCAAAAACAAAAACGAAGACGAAGACGAUGAAGACGAAACCACCAACCCAAACGAAAACUCUAUAAACAGCUCCUCCAACCUCUCCCUUACAGAAACAACAUCCAAAACCCCAAUCCGCAACACAAAAUACCAAUACACCCCACGACCCAUCCCAACAUGCCUCAACCAGCUAAAAGCCCGAGUCGAAGCCGCAACAGGAUCCCGCUACAACUCUUGCCUGGUAAACUACUACUCGAGUGGGAACGACAGUAUAGCCUUCCACUCCGACGACGAGCGGUUUCUCGGCGCGAGUCCGGAUAUCGCGUCGUUGAGUUUAGGCGGGGAGCGGGAGUUUGUUAUGAAGCAUAAACCAGUACCACCCCGUCACACAGGUUCGACCACGUCUCUCACUUCAACUUCAACUUCAGCUUCUCCUUCUACUGCUGGUACUACCCUGAAAUUCCCCCUCUCCUCCGGCGACAUGAUCCUCAUGCGCGGGUCCACACAAUCAAACUGGCUACACAGCAUCCCGAAACGCAAAGGGAGGAGCGGAGAGGCUGUGGAGGGACGGAUUAAUAUCACGUUUCGGCGGGCGAUGGUGCCGGCGGGGACGAAUAAUUAUUAUCGGUAUAAUGUUGGGGAUGGGGGUGUUUGGAGGUGGGAUGGGGGGAGGGGGAGAUGGUUUGUGUAG